ACAACGGGUCACCAGGUCAUCAGGUACCGGAUCGUCUGGUCUCGACAGCGGGCACCGGGCACCGGGUCAUGUGGCGCUGGAUCGUCUGGCUCGACAGCCAUGGGAUCGUCAGGCAUGACAGCGGGCACUGGGUCAUCAGGCAUUGGAUCGUCUGGCUCGACAGCGGGCAUCGGGUCACCAGGCAUGACAGCGGGCACCGGGUCAGACAUUGGAUCGUCUGGCUCGACAGUGGGCAUCGGGUCACCAGGCAUCAGGUCACCUGGCUCGACAGCGGGCACCGCAUCAUCUGGCAAGGCAGUGGGCACCGAGUCACCAGGCACGACAGUGGGCUCUGAGUCAAUUGGCACGACAACGGGCACCAUCAGAACCUGAUCGUCUGGCUCGACAGUGGGCAUCAGGUCACCAAGCAUGAUAGCGGCACUGGGUCAUCAGGCAUUGGAUUGCCUGGCUCGACAGCGGGCACCGGGUCAUCUGGCGCUGGAUCAUCUGGCUCGACAGUGGGCAUCGGGUCACCAGGCAUGACAGCGGGCACUGGGUCAUCAGGCGUGAUAGGAUCAUCAGGCUGGAUCAGU